AUGGCCCAGGAGGAUGCGGGGCGACCCCUCCACAGCUCUGGGACCGACGGCAGGCAAUCCUCAGCGCUCGCAAGUCGCUCUACUCAGAGCCAUGCAAGCCCUAGCCGGGAAAGGCGGGCCACCAACAGUACUUAUAAAGUUGGCGAUGGGACGGAGUUUCCACGUUACUUCCUACAAAUUGGGCAGGACAUCAAACGGACGCGGGGAUACGAUAUGAUCCAGGAGCUUCAGCUCAUGGUGUGCAACAAGGAAACAGGCAUCAAAGGCAACGCGGCGCGAGCGCGUGUCAUGGUGCUUCUACGGGAAGUGCAGCCACCUUUUGGGUGUACGAGGCUAGGCUGUAUGUGCGGCCGUCAAGCACUUUUCAUAAAAGUUAGGAAUGGGCGCGGGGUAAAGCUUGCGAGGCAACGAAGUGACAUUGACAAACCACCCACAAAAUGCAUACAGGGAGUGUUGGUCGGUUUGGAGAACAAGGUGGACGCUCAGACGUACGACCUAGGGGUGUUCAACGUGGAGCGCUCCGAACUGAGAAAGGAGCUCCGAGACCAGAAGGCCAAGGAGUUUCAGCCCCUGCACACCAUCGACUUCCGCAGUACGGAGGUGAAGGACCUCCCCCACAAACUGAGGGCGCUGUUUGAAGAUAACCAGAUCCUGCGUGAGCAAGUACGGCAGCUGCAGUACUCUCUACGGAGCGCGGAGGCGCGUUUGGAGGUUUCGGAGCGGCGCGCAGCGGCGCUGGAGACGGAGAACUUGCAGCUGGGCAUUGCGCUCCGGGACGCGGGCAGCAGCGUGGACAUUGCGCACGACAUGAGACAGAUGCGCGAGGCGGCACGCGCGGCGGAGGCGCGAGCCAUGCAGCUGGACAUGCAGCUCAUGUCGGUGACGGAGCAGCUGGAGAGCGAGCGGCGGCUGGCGAUGCAGAAGGCUCGCCACGCGGCCGCCAGGCAGGCCAUGCUGGAGUCGCGGCUCGCGCAGGCGCUGAGUACGACGACCCCGCCGAUGAGCGGCCGGUUUGUUGGCGGCGGCGGAGGCAGCGGAGGAGGAACCGCCCGUAAAUCCAGCGCCCGGUCCGGCAUUGUGUACGAUCCGAUGUUCACGGACGACGGCGGCAGCUUCAGCGGCCGCGGCGGUGGUGGCGGCGUUGAGCCCAGUGGCGGGUCGGUGUACGCCGCGUCGUCCCUGCUGGAUGGCGGCACUGGCGGCGGCGGCGGCAUAGCCGCUGCUGCCGCUGCGGCGGCUGCCGCUGCUUUAGACGCGCGAUCUUCCGUGCAUUCGCGUGUACAUUCGACGGCCAGCGCCGGCGCCGGGAGGUCCAGCGCCGGGAGGGAGCGCUCCGUCAGCCCCCCUAGGAGCCCGAGCGGCCGAUCUAUCAGCCACAACCCGGGAAGUGUCAUUCCGACACUGUACCCGCUCUUCAAUGCAAAGCAGCGGCCGAUUCACGCUUUUUCAGGCGAAUCAGGGUCAUGGCUCAAUGGCACUACCCCCGGCAGCGGCAUCGUCGGCGCCGCCGCAGGCAGCAGCGGUAGCGGCGCCACCGGCGGCGGCGCCGCCGGAACCAUUAGCGGCAGCGGCUUGCCGCCACCGGCCGGUCUGGUCCGCAAUUCCAGCCUUACGGAUCGGCCUAUGGCUAGGCCGAGCAGCGGCGGCGUGGCCCAUGGGUCGACAGGUACGGCAAUCGAGUUAUUGCAGGAUGGACGGCCACCAUCGUCGACCUCGACGAGUACGAGCAGCCCUGGCGAACUGGUACGAGCGAUCAAUUCCUCGGCAGUGCUCACAUCUCGAACGUUGCUGCCAAGCGUUAGCGGCGCCAGCUCCGGUCGCCCGGGCGGCAGUGUCGCUGGCGGCGGCGGCGGCGCCGCGGCGCCGGGAAUUCUUGGGUUACGAGUGGGUUCGCUAGUCGGCGGCGGCGGCGCCAGCGGCAUUGCCGCGCUGCGGCGAAGCACAGGCAGCGAGGACCUGUCGCUUGGACUGGCCCCCGCCGGCGCCGCCGCCGCCGCCGCCACUGGCGGCGAGGCCACUGGCCAGGACCUGGUCGGCCGACCUGGCGGUAGCAACCCGGUUGAAGUGGAGGAGCCCGGCCGAGUGGGCGCUGGCGCUGCAGCAGCGGUUGAAGCGGUUGAGGCGGAGGGGGGAGCGGGGGGCUCUCGUCAGCUGGUGGCGGUGGUGGUGGCGGUGGUGGUGGUGGUGGUGGUGGAGCCGCCGCCUUUUUUAGGCGCGUUUUCCUAA